UUAUUAGUUAGGGUUUAAGGCAUUUCCAAAACCCCGAUAACUGGAACUCACUACAGUCUCCAUUGGCAUUUCCAGAAUGGCAAACUCGAUGCUUGCGCUCUCAAGAAGGCUCUGUCGCUCUCUUCUCUCCAAUCCCAGAAUUCCUCGGCUUUCAGUGCCCUUUUCCACUAACCUCUCUUCAGGCGAAGCCUCAGACGUGGACGACUUGGCCCUCGACGACGAAAUUCACUCCGAAUCCGAAUCACCUCAUUCGCAAUCAUCAGAAUCAACAUCACAAUCUUCGCCGGAAGUUAGCACACAGCAAGCAAGGCGACUAGAGAAUGACAUCCCUAUGGGCGUUUUCAAGGCGAUACUGGUGGGACGAGUGGGAAAUCCCCCACAUCAGAAGAAGCUGAGAAGUGGGCAGACUUUGACGAUGUUUUCACUGGGUACGGGUGGGCAGAACAGCCGGAGGUCGUUGCAGAACGAGGAACCGGCAUUGAAUGCAAAUCGCCCUACCGUUCAGUGGCAUCGUGUCUGUGUUUAUUCAGAGAAGUUGGGAGAGACUGUGAUAAAGCACAUUGUGCCUGGCUCAAUUUUAUAUUUGGAGGGGAACCUAGAGACAAAGGUCUUCCUUGAUCCAAUCAAUGGUUUGGUUCAACGUUUGAGGGAGAUUGCAAUUCGCAGAAAUGGUCGCUUAAUUCUUUUGGGUAAAAGUAGUGAUGCUGGAGAUGCGGCUCCAAGUGGUAAAAAAUGGGCUGUCUUUUACUAGAAAGCAAUCAAAUGAAGGUGGGAGUUGAAGGGCUGAGAAAUGUUAGGCAUUAAACUAGUUUUUACAUUUGUAAUUAUUCAGUACUUUGAGAAGAAUUCUGAUGGAUGAUGGUGAUUUUACAACUUUCUAUUUUUUCACAUGAUAUUGUGAUGUGUGCAGUUAUAAUCUCAAGUUUGGUAAGGUAUAGUAACAAAAGAGUUAUUUUUUA